AAGAAAGUUCUGUGAUCUGAUCACUGGACAGACGCAGACUCCGAUCCCAUCCUCGGUCGUUAAUGAGCAACGGUCACUGUGUGGACAUUCAUAGGUCUGCUACGGACGGUGAGUUCAAUCCUGCCCAAUAUGGCCCGGGUAUGGGACUAAAGAUGGCCUGUAUGCGGUCGAAUCUUCAAUUCAGGAUCCCCACAAUGCCCCGGAAAGGAGCGUCGUCCUGCAUCGCACUGAAGACCCACAGGGCGUACUUUGCCCGAAAAUCAGGCCUACUAGCAAGGGAUAGGUCGCCUGCUUACUUUGCCUUGACACGAGACCAAUACCACACUAAAAACUCGCCUGUGAAACCCGAUGCCCAGCCGAUCUUUUGUUCGCGAAGCAAGCUCGCGCGUGGUCCCUCACAACGAUGUACAAUGCGAAACUCCAGUCAGAUCAUUCCGCAUUGCUAUCAUUCCAUCUGCAAUGUGGGGAAGACGGAUGCAGUCCGAGUCUCGAUGCCCCGUGGGAGUCCUGAGCAGCUUUUUGGUUGAUGCUAGGCCCUGGCAAGUCGUGUGUCGUGGAUGGUGGCUGUUCCGCCUGGAUUAACUGAGAUUUCCCAUGUCCCUCCACUCGCCGACCAAGGCGCUGAGCGGCAACGCUAUUUUGAGCCGCUCGUGGAUACAUAAAGCUCACAGUCUGGCUGAGGCUCGACAUCAACUCCGAACCCAUGGAUUCAGGCUCCCUCCCGCCGUCAGUCAUCGAAUCCAUAAUCGAGGCGUACGCGGAGGGCAUACGGCCCGCGUUCGCCUUCAUUCUGAUACCUGCCAUUUUCGCAGCUAUGCUCGUCCCUCUUCUUAUCAUACUCUGGACGCUUUCGACUCCCCAGCUCCGGCGGGGACCCAUUUUCAUUCUCAACACGGCGUCCAUCUGCUCUGGCUUGAUACUGAGUGCACUCAGCACUCACCUUGCGAUGGAAAGCGUCCUAUCACCGUUCCACUCAAUCUCCAAGGGUGAAGACCUCGUAUACACGGCACUGGAUGCCUGGCUCCCCUGGAUUGCGGAAUCCGUCCUGCUUUUCCGUGUCUGGAUUGUGUUUCCCCGCGCGCAGCUUCCAUACGUGCUUGCGUUCCCGGUCCUCAUCAAGAUCGGACGAGCCGUCUUAAAUAUAUUCUUCACCGUCAGCUGGGCAAAGGCGCUUUUCCGCCCUGAGACAAUCAAUCAGAUCCAGAUUCUCCAUCAGCUCAAUCCGAUAUACUUUCAAUUGGGGUACACCCUGGAGCUAGUUGACAAUGCAUACAUCUCAGGGCUUUUUCUGUGGCGACUCGGCCGGACCGGGCAUCUAUUCAACGGCCAUGCAAUCGGCAGGCUCGACUUCAAGCAAACCUACUCCGAGCGUUUGAAAGACCUGUUUUGGAUUGCCAGUACAAAUUUCGUGUUCCCGAUAAUUUUCAGUGUGUCACAGAUUGUGGCCGUCUUCAGGGGCGACAUAAUUCUCGGCGCCAGUCUUAGCUUAGCCAACUGCUACGUUGAAAUCAUCUCGACCGUCUUUGCCACCGUAUGGUCCUCUACGGCCUCCUUCGCCGAGGCAACCAAGAGCACGUCGUUCUUGACUACAAGUUAUUCACAGGCAAGACCGUCGGCUGGCCAGCCGAUAGAAUUGUACAUGGACCGAGUUGUGAGCGUUACGACGGAUUCGCUUCCGAACGACGGACAGCAAAGAAAACCUGUUGCUGUGUAGUAUCUCAGUCAAGUGUAGGGAGCACCUGGAGUGAUGAGAGUCGCUGUGCAGAACCAUUCGCAGGAUUUCCGCUGAUUGGUCCGAGUUCGGUCUGUACGAGUCGAUCUAGAAGAAAGACAAUUGCUCGGGGAGGAAUGUAUCUUACUCUCAGUAAAGCAUUCGGC